GUAAGAAAAGAAGAGUAAUAGCAGUAUCCCUCAAAAGACCAAAACACCAUCUCUCUCACAAUAAAGUCAGCUUCUCUCUUUUAAUGUCUCCCUCCUCUCUAUCUCUCUCUUCUUCUUGAGCAGAGACUCUCACUAGUCACUACUCUCUCUCAGUCAAUCAAUGGAGUUUCAUCUCGAACACCCUCUCUCACAUUCUCCUUCUAUCCACAACAACAAAAACGAAACAAAUUUCAACGAUGAUACUUUACCACCACACUCUCUCUUCCUCGUCGAACCACAACACAUGCCUUCUCCUCAUUACUUCCACACCCUCAAAUCCUCGGCUUCUCUCCUAUCUAAUCGAAACCACGCCAUUUCUUCAAUCAUUAAGUAUUCAAGAAAACUCGACGACCCUUCUCUGACGUAUCUUGCGGUGAAUUAUCUAGACAGGUUCUUGUCCAGUGAAGAUAUGAUGCCGCAAUCAAAGCCUUGGAUUCUCAAGCUUAUCUCUCUUUCUUGUGUCUCUUUGUCUGCUAAAAUGAGAAAGCCAGAUAUAUCUGUCUGUGAUCUUCCGGUGGAAGGUGAGAUGUUUGAUGCUCAGAUGAUAGAGAGAAUGGAGAAUGUGAUCUUAGGAGCUCUUAAAUGGCGAAUGCGCUCUGUUACUCCUUUCUCCUUUCUCUCCUUCUUCCUUAGCCUUCUCUUCGAGCUCGAAGAAGAUCAUUCAGUACUUAAACAUUCACUCAAAGCUCAAGCUACUGAUCUCACUUUCAAUCUUCAACAUGAUAUCAAGUUCCUAGAGUUUAAACCAUCAGUGGUUGCAGCAGCUGCACUUCUCUUUGCUUCUUCUGAGCUUUGUCCUCAACAGUUUCCAUGUUUCAGUAACAGAAUAUGCCAAUGCACAUAUGUAAAUAAGGAUGAGUUAAUGGAGUGUUACAAGGCAAUGCAAGAGAGAGAUGUAGUUGAAGACAACGAAGGAAGCAAUGACACAGCAAUAAAUGUACUUGACCAGCAAUUCUCUAGCUGUGAAGAAAGUGCAAUCACAGCUUCGUCACCUAAGAGGAGGAAAACUAUUACUACUAGUCGAUGUUAAGCUGAAAAGGUGGUUUAAUGGUCAGACAUAAUCUCCAGCCAAUGCAAUCACUUCAAAACCACUUAUGAUCGUCCCCUUUUGAAAGAGACACUUUGCUCUUGCUUCUUUCUUCAUCUCUGCUUCAAAAUAAGCCAUUACUCUCUUCAUGGAAGAUGAGAGAGUGAUGAAUGAUCAAAACACCAUAUCUCAUUGCUCCUUCCUUUGGACCACAUCAUAAAGCUCAAAAAAUGAAGAAAAAAAAAAUCAAUCAAUGUGUGUUAUUUUUAUCUAUCAUCAUGUUCUGUAUUUACAGUUUUGGUUUCUGCAGUUAAGUUGUUUCACUUGAAGUGGAAUAAUCAAUAAAUAUGUGUUCUUACGUAA